AUGGUUUCAGAAUAUGGAGUUUUAAAAUUACAUUCUUCAAGGCAAAAGCAUACGAAAGCCAUGUCUGCAAUACCAAGCAAAACAAAACAGCGUAAUAUCAUGUCCGCAUUUGUUACGAAAGGAGUUAUGUCGAAAAAUAAAGUUGUCACAGCGACUGAAAUCAAGCUGGCGGGUUUUCUAGUUGAGCAUAAUAUUGCAUUCCAAACUGCAGAUCAUAUGUCAGAUUUAAUAAAUGGUAUAUUGGAAGAUUUUGGAGUGGAACAUAAAAUUGCUAUGAAAAGGACAAAAGCUACAGCUGUAAUCACCGAAGUAAUUGGUGAAAGUGAAAAAUCGUCUCUAGACAAAAAACUGAAAACUGAGAAAUUCAGUGUUAUGCCUGACGAGUCAACAGAUGUCAGCACUCACAAGGCCAGUUGUAUAAUUGUUAGAUAUUAUGACGUUGAGGAAAAUAAAAUUGUGAGUAAGUUUUGGGAUCUUUGCAAAAUAUUUAGCUCUGAUGAUGAAAAAACAGCAGAAGAAGACGGUUGCAACGUGAUGAUGGGUGGGAAUAACUCUGUGGCGAGCAGACUCAAGAAAAAUUUGCCAGGUAUGUUUGUAAUGAAAUGUGUUUGCCACUCUGCACACCUUUGCGCAUCUGAAUCGUGCAAACAAUUACCAAGGCGCUGCGAAGAUUUAGCGAGAGAGAUAUAUAGUUUUUUCAAAAAUAGUUCAAAAAGACAAUUUCGCCUUCAACAGUUUCAAGAAUUUGUGAGUGCUUCGCCUCACAAGAUUUUGCAUCCUUCACAAACCCGUUGGUUGUCAUUGGUGGUGGUUGUAGAUCGAUUAUUAGAACAAUGGGAUGCAUUAAAAUUGUUCUUUACUGACUGCUGGUUGAAUGAACGUCUUGUUUCAACAGAACUGAUAUUUAAUAGCUUAAAUGAUCCAUUCAUGCAGCUUUAUUACCUGUUCCUGUCUUGGAUAUUGCCCAAAUUUACCAAUUUCAAUAAACUUUUUCAAUCGGAAAAAGUAGUGAUUACAUGUUUAAACGAAAAGGUGCGCGAAAUGUAUAAAGAUAUUUUGCUAUGUAUUUUGGAUCGCGAUUAUGUCAACAAAACUGAGCUUUCUACCAUUGAUAUUGAACGACAAGAAAAAUGGUUAAAAGAUGAUCAAAUUUAUUUGGGAAUCCGAGUGAUGAACAAAAUUACACAGCCUGAAUUUCGUCGUCAGAUUCCUGCCACUAAGGAGUUUUUUCAUCGUUGUCGGCAUUUUCUAGUCACAAGCGCUAAAGAAAUUAAAAAAAGAUAUAACCUAGAUGAUCCCAUUCUAUCAAAAAUAGACUGUAUUGAACCUACCAAUGCUGUUGCUUGUAAUUACAGGAAUAAAGUACCUACCUUACAGCCGCUUUUGAUACUUGUUCCAAGAAUCGUAAAACCCGACGACAUUCAAAUGAUGCAGGCAAUAGAUGACGAAUGGCGCAGUUUUCCCAACAUUUUAGAUAAAAUUGAUUUAUCUUUGAAUACCGACGAGUUUUGGGGCAUUAUUAAAAAACAAUUUGAGAAUUAUAAAACACUGACUCAAUUUACCUUAAAUUUGUUAUGUUUGCCCCAUUCUAGUGCAGAUUGUGAAAGAGCAUUCAUUCAUUCAUAA